ACUGACUGCGUGUCUGAUUGGGAGCAAAGUAAUUUCAUGGGGGUUCAAACACAUUAUUUAGUUAUAUUACUGAACCAGAGGUACUGACAACUGGUGGACGCUACAAAGGGGGACCCUUGGUCCUUGGCUGUGUGUCGCUCAUAGAACUUGGACCUUGGGAAAAAAUAAUCAAGUACCUCUGAUAUAAACCCAGUUGCCAAAACAAUUAUGAUGCACAAUUACAUUAUCAGAGAAGCCAGCUCACACACCUGCACUGCACAGACACUUAACGUAUUACAGGCUGUGCUUUUGAAAAGCAGAAAUGUGUUCCAGUUGUGAAGAAGAAAAAAAUUCUUUCCGAAAUAUCUGUCAUUGUUAAAUCUGAUAAAGUAACCGAUGAAAGGGUCCUACUGGACCCCAGAGACAUUUGCUUGUCACUUUGAAUACAAGUAAUACAACAAAAGCAACGACAGCAACUAAGAAAAGCCCUGUGGCAAGUAGGAAGAGAUGCUGCCGGAUAUAUAUUUGCGAUUCCUGAUCUGUGACUGCUCUAAAGAUCCCCCCACUUGACUGCAGAAAGCCAUUUUGGGGAAGCGUGACACACCAGGAAUGAAGAUCACUCAAGUCCCUUGGCCUUCUGGGGUGUGGGGGGGGGGGUGCUCUCACGUUUGACAUUAGCUGACGAACAGCAUCCAUACCGCUAGUGUCGAGUGAAGCGGCAUGCAAAGGCCAGGGCAUUACAGGAGGAACGUGCAGCAAUUUCGGGCUGAAAAAAACACCCCCACCCCAAAUUCAUGCGAAGCCGCGCAGGCGGGUUUUAGUCCGGUGGAGACCAAGAGGAACUAAGUUUCCCUGGAGGUUUAAAAUAAACAUCAGAUCAUGCCCUGAAUCCCGCAUCUCGGGCACCUGGCGCCACUGACGACCCGACAGCGACACACGUUGGCAGGAGUGAUUUACACUGCGAUUAGCGCGCGGACGGACGUCUGCAAGCAGCAAAUCUGCGUUCAGUGCGAACUUUCCCUCUGCAUUGUGUUAGGCUACGAAAUUGACGUACGGCUCAUCUGGAGGUCGCGUCAGAUGAUGCGUGUAAUAUAAUAUGCUUUUAUCAAACAGAACCGUUCUAUUUGCACGUUCGUAUCACUCAUCCGGCUUUGAUGUAAUUGUUUUAUCAUUUUAAAUGGCAAAAACAACAUUUUUGGAAAAUCAUCCAAAUCGCCUCGAUGCGCCCGCCUCUGGGAGCGUACGGACCUAUUUAAUCACACCAGCUUCCGUGCUUUGAACUUGACCCACAUUUUUUUUGUCUAAGAAUCCCUGUUACUGCUCCCGUGAACAUGAUGCAACAAAGCCCUUAAGCUUAUGUAUAUAUUUAUCGUCCAACCAUUGGCUACAGGAACAGCCGAGCUCGCUAGCGAUUGGUCGGUGAGCGUGCCAAUUAAAAUUCCUACCCGAAACACGUGGGCGGGGGAAGAGGAGGCGGCCACGUUGACACGAAGCGGCGUGUUAUUUGAGAAACAAAAAAAGCCGGUUGAGUUUUUAUUAGCGGCCUGAGGACGUAGCCGGUUUUACGCCUAACGUUUUAUUUAGGCGUUGGUGUUGAUCUUUUGUUGCAAAGGAGACCGCAAUGAGUGUGGGGUUUAUUGGAGCGGGCCAGCUCGCCCACGCCUUAGUCAAAGGCUUUACCGCAGCCGGUGUAAUCGCGACCCAUAAGAUCACGGCCAGUUCGCCGGACACCGAGCUUCCCACGGUGUCAGGCCUCAGGAAAAUGGGGGUGAACUUCACCACCAGCAACAAGGAGACGGCCAACCGGAGUGACGUGCUCUUCCUUGCCGUCAAGCCACACAUCAUCCCCUUUGUGUUGGACGAGAUCGGGCCUGACAUCCAGGACCGGCACCUCAUUGUGUCCUGUGCGGCCGGUGUCACAAUCAGCUCCAUCGAGAAGAAGCUUGUCCAGUACCGGCCGGCUCCCCGUGUCAUGCGCUGCAUGACCAACACGCCGGUGGUGGUGCGGGAGGGGGCCACGGUGUACGCUGUGGGCACACACGCCGAGGCGGAGGACGGCAGACUGCUGGAGCAGCUCAUGGCCAGUGUGGGCUUCUGCACCGAGGUGGAGGAGGACCUCAUCGACGCCGUCACCGGCCUGAGCGGCAGCGGCCCUGCCUACGCGUUUACGGCCUUGGAUGCCCUCGCGGACGGCGGGGUGAAGAUGGGCCUGCCCAGGAGGUUAGCCGUCCGGCUGGGAGCUCAAGCCUUACUGGGCGCGGCCAAGAUGUUGCUGGACUCGGAGCAGCAUCCCGGCCAACUGAAGGAUAAUGUGUGCUCACCAGGGGGUGCCACCAUCCACGCCCUGCACUUCCUGGAGAGCGGUGGAUUCCGCAGCCUGCUCAUCAAUGCCGUGGAGGCCUCUUGCAUUCGAACUAGGGAGCUGCAGUCCCUGGCCGACCAGGAGAGCAUCUCUCCGGCUGCCAUCAAGAAGACGACGCUGGACAAGGUUCUGCAGCAGACAGGCGUGGCAGCAGCGGGGGGGCCCAAGGCGGCCGCCAGCCUCUUCAACAAGAGCAACCCGGCCUGGAAAAAAAACUGAGGCCCCCCCCGAGUGGGCGUGGCCAGGGCCACACUGUGGGCAGGAUCCUGGGCAUAUAGGUUCAGUCAGACAAACACGCAUACAUGCGCUAACAAAGUGGGGGGGGUAUGACCUCCAUCUGAACUCUGAGCUACAGGCUGGGGGGUGUUUAGCUCUGGAUAAAUCAGUUUUUACAUUUACGUUGUGGGGAGGCCUGGUUGUGCCCCCCCCCACCCCAUCUUUGUAAUCUGCAGUAUUACGUUGUAGGAUCUACAGCCGCACUUUCCUCAUGUCAGCCUCGUCCAUGGGGUCUGCAGUGACCCAGUUCGCCUCCGGCAUGUCAGCCACUUCAAAGCCAAUUCCAGGAAGGGUUUUGACGGCCCGUGAGUCUCUCCUUCCUUUCCCACCCCCGGGAAAUUUCUAGCGCAUUCCAUGGCAAAUUUCUCCUCUCCACCUGGUGGACGGCCCCUUCCUGACGUCCCCGUCCCUGUCCGGUGCCCCGGUCUUUUCCGCAUACCAGUCGAGGGCCGUCGCUCAUUCCGCUCUGUCCUCUAAGGUCCUCCUUAGGUAUUAAGCCUAAAGCAGAUUCUAAGCCGUUUAUUUUACCUUGUUGCAUUAGUGCGUUUUCAUCUCCCGAAACUCCCGGCUUUGUGCCCCUUUGCAGUGCCAGGCGGCGCCUCCUUUGUUUGAGAGAUGCCUUAGCAGGUUUCGCAGGUUACGGACGGGAACGCCUUUGCAGUCAGAAAAAUAUGUCUUUUUAUGCCCUUUAAUUAGUUUUCUUGGACAGGAUCAUGUAGAAAUAUCAGUCCAAGUGUAGUUGCACUAAUUUGUACUGAGAUGUCAGAACCUUCUGUCUCUUUCUUUUUAUUGAAUUUAUAAAUUGGUUUGUGCCGACAAUGUGUUUCAUACAGUAUUAAUUAAAGGUGCUUCUCGUC